AUGAUUACGAAGUUCAUGACCGAGAUCACUACCAAGUUUAACCCCUUCUCGCGCCAGUCCAAGUCGGCGCGGCUGUUUCUCGCCUUCAUCCCGCCCACGGCACGCUCGUCCGGCAUGUCGAUUAAGACGGUCCUGUUGCCGCGGACGUCGACGGAGCCCCCGUCGCUGCUUGUCAAGUUCAAGGACGGCAAGGAAAUGAGUAUCGACUGCGAGAAGAUGGGUAUCAAGAGCAUCAUUGAGGAGGUUGACAGACACUCCCGCGUUCUGCAGAAGCAGGCCGACUUGACCGACUAG